AUGAAUCAGGCAGGGGUGAAACCUUGUCAGGGUGAGGAACAAGUCGACUCAGGCAGUAGUGAGGGAGCCGACCGCGCCGAUGAUAACGUCGCCAGGGAGGACGACGACGAGGGCGAGAGUGCAGAGAGGUUGUUGGAGGUCGUUGAGAGACCCGACGAGGACCUACGACUAAGCCUGAUGAUGCAAGUGGAGGAGUGGCGAGGUGCAGCAGCAGUAUGGGCGCCUGGGGCGAUGGAAGAACUGCAGGUCGAACUCCCUCCACCUGGAGGUGUGAGCAAGGAAACAUUACAAACUGAGCAUACUGAACUGCCUCAGGAAACAUUACAAACUGAGGAUUCUGAACCGCCUCAAGAAACAUUACAAACUGAGGAUUCUGAAUCGCCUCUGGAAACAUUACAAACUGAGCAUACUGAACUGCCUCAGGAAACAUUACAAACUGAGGAUUCUGAACCGCCUCAAGAAACAUUACAAACUAAGGAUUCUGAACUGCCUAAAGAAACAUUACAAACUGAGGCCACUGAAUUACCUCAAGAAACAUUACAAUCUUCAAGUAGUCAAACAGAAUCAUUUGAAGCACUUUAA